AUGUUAAUCAAGGUUCGCACGUUGACCGGCAAGGAGAUCGAGCUGGAUAUCGAGACCGAUUACAAAGUCUCUCAAAUCAAGGAGAAGGUCGAGGAGAAGGAAGGCAUUCCUCCCGUCCAACAGCGUCUGAUCCACGGCGGCAAGCAAAUGACCGAUGACAAGACGGCCGCCGAGUACAACCUCCAAGCCGGAGAUACCCUCCAUCUUGUGCUCGCCCUCCGUGGUGGUGUGUCGAUCUGA